GGGACAUUGGGGGCAUUGGGGAUUUGAGGACCUGGGGGACACUGGGGACGUGGGGGACAUGGAGGGGUAGGACAGGGGACACGAGGGGACACAGGGGAGUGUGUGGGCACCGGGGUGACCGUGAGCCCCCCGAGUGCCACCCUCCUGGUGGCGGUGACACCUGGGGACAGGGCACAGGCGCUGCGCGGGGGUCCCGGGAUGGCGACAGUGACAUUCCUGUGGGGACAGCGGUGGCAGGACGGCCACCACCGUGUCCCCUCUGGGCUCUGCUGCUGGCAGCGUGUGGCACGCGGUGCCACCCUCAGCACGCGGCUGUGACAUCCUGGCUGUCCCCUCCGUGCCUGGCUGUCCCCCGCCUGUCCCUGUGUCCCCGCUGUCCCCGCUCGUCCCGCCCCAGGUGCCACCCCAGGUGCCACCUGUCCCCUGUGUCCCCUCCGCCCCGCGCUCUGUCCCCGCCUGUCGCAGCCCCAAGUUCAAGGUUCAAACUCCACGCGGCCCUUCCUGGGACCGCCGGCGACACGCGGGGACACCCGGGAGGGGACACACAGGGGACAGCAGGGGACACACAGGGAAUGGAGGGGACACACGGAGACCGCCAGCGACACGCGGGGACAGCCGGGGACACUCGGGGACCCGAUGUCCCCUCACCGACAGCACCGGGGGACACCGGCUCAGCCGUGUCCCUGCCGAGCCCCCCGGGCACGGAGCGAAGCCCCCGGGACCCCCCUGGGGACACGGAGCCCGACGGGGACAAAGUGUGCGCCGUGUGCGGGGACAGGGCCAACGGGUACCACUUCCACGUCAUGAGCUGCGAGGGCUGCAAGGGCUUCUUCAGGCGCUCCAUCAUCAAAGGUGUCCGCUUCACGUGUCCCCUGGCGCGGCGCUGCCCUGUCACCAAGGCCAAGCGGCGACAGUGCCAGGCGUGUCGCCUCCAGAAGUGCCUCGACGUGGGCAUGAGGAGGGACAUGAUCAUGUCCGAGGAGGCGCUGAGGCGGCGGCGGGAGCUGCGGGGACAGCGGGGACAGCCCGGGGGACAGCGGGGACAGCCCGGGGGACAGCAGGGACAGGAGGGACUGACGGCCGAGCAGCAGGAGCUGAUCGCGCUCCUCAUCGGCGCCCACCAGCGCACCUUCGACUCCAGCUUCUCGCAGUUCAUGCACUGCUGGGUGAGCUGGGGACACGCCUGUCCCCAACGGCGACACCCCUGUCCCCAACGGGGUCACCCCUGUCCCUGCGGCUGCCCCCGCUGUCCCCACGGCGGUCCCAGCCCUGCCCAUGGGCGCCCUGGGCACCCCUGUGCGUGUCCUGGCUGUCCCCACAGAGGGCCUGGCUGUCCCCAAAGGUGACCAGCCAACCUCCCUGGUGUCCUGAGUGUCCCCACGAGUGACACAGAUGGCCCCAUGGGUGGCCUGAGUGUCCCCAUGGGUGCCUCGAUUGUCCCCUUGAGUGACCCAGCCUGUCCCCCCAGGGACACGAUUGUUCCUAUGGGUGCCCCAGACUGUCCCCAAAGGUGUCCUGACUGUC